AUAGAUCACUGUGGAUAUGGAGGGCGGCGCUUCUUAAACUCUUCAGACAAACACUGAACACACUGUGAUCGGGCGGACAUGUCACAGAACAACUUAAAAGGAGCAUUUUUAAAGAUUCGGAUGCUUUAAGCAUGAGUUCAUGGUUGUGUUGAUAUGUUCUCAUGCACCUUUAAUCAAUGGUUUGUGGUAUUUUUCCUCAGAUAAUCAACAAACAUAAUGAUGAGGAGAGAGUUUUCAGUCCCGGAUUAAAGGAAUCAUCCUAACAGUGGCUUCAGGUUUAACAUUAGAUUUCUGUACAUAAUUAAAGAAAGUAAAAAUCGAGUUAAUGGCGUUUUUAGUCAAGAAGAAGAAGUUUAAGUUUCAGACACAUUUCACACUGGAGGAGCUGACAGCUGUACCGUUUGUCAAUGGAGUUCUCUUCUGCAAGAUCAGACUGCUGGAUGGAGGAGAUUUCACUGCAUCAUCAUCCAGAGAAGAAGUCCAUCAGAACUCUGUCCGCUGGAGAAAGAGGUUCUCCUUUGUGUGCAAAAUGAGCGUCAACCCUAACACUGGAGUCCUGGAUCCCUGUGUGUGUCGAGUCUCUGUGCGGAAGGAACUCAAAGGAGGAAAAGCAUAUUCAAAGCUGGGCUUUGCUGAUCUGAACAUGGCAGAGUUUGCUGGCUCGGGCUCCACCGUGCGCUGCUGUCUGCUGGAGGGAUACGACACCAAAAACACCCGACAGGACAACUCCAUCCUUAAGGUGACCAUUGGGAUGACGCUCUUAUCUGGAGAUCCGUGUUUUAAAACUCCUCCAAGCGCUGUGAAAUAUAUCCCCGUGGCUGGUCGAGACUCUUCCCUGCAGCCGGACUGUAAAGGAGAGGGAACACCUGAAGUCAUUUUACCUCGACUGUCUAAACCAAGACCUUCAAUAUUCAGUUCUGGUCUUUCUGAGGAUGCAGAUCAAAGUCAAAGUCCAGAUGAAUCAUUUCACACGGGUCAUUCACGCAACUCCAGUUAUGCCAGUCAACAGAGCAAGCUCUCAGGCUACAGCACCGAACACUCCUGCUCCUCCAGUCUGUCUGAUUUGACUCAUCGUAGGAACACGUCAACAGGCAGCAGUGUGAGUGCAGACGCCCCCUCUGAGAGCGACACCCGCCCUGAACGCCCACCUCGACCUCCGCGGCCCAUAUUACCCUCCAACAGACCCCAACGGAGGAAACAAGAUUCAGUGGAAGAUCACCCAUCCUGGGUCAACGACACCCGCAUUGAUGCCGAUGACAUUGUGGAGAAGAUCGUUCAGAGUCAGAACUUCUCUGACAUCAGUAAUAAUGAAGAUAGUAACCUGAGACUGUUUGUGAGUCGAGACGGAUCAACAGCAUUGAGCGGCAUCCAGCUGGGCAACAGGGUCUCUGCAGGCGUGUAUGAGCCAGUCGUCAUUGAAAGCCAUUAGAAAUCGACCAAUUCUGUGUGUUUUCUGUUUUGCACGUCGUCUAAAAUCAACCGAGGAAGAAUCACACAAACAUCUGUUUCAGUCAACCCAUUCUGUUUCUCCAGGAGUCCCAAACUGAAUAAUGUUUCCAUCACCUUCCUUAAAACGAGUGUUCUGCUGACAUUGCACAAUACAAGAACACUGAGACCGUGAAGUGUUUAUCGAGUGUCCAGUGUGUGCAGAUGCCUGACUCCGCAUGAGCACUGUGGUUUUACAGAUGAGAGGGCUUUUUCAGGCAGUAUUGUGUGCCGUGUCCAUGUUUCCUGGAGUAUCAGCCGGUAUGAGUACUGUGAAGGGAAACGUUCACAGGUGGGUUUUCUGCUAUAAGCUGGUUUUGUUUUUCAGCAAUCAUACAUUGUGUAUCUAAACAGUCCUCAGUUUUUCUCCAUCAUGGCCUUCAGUUGAUGUCCUGCAGAAACUGAACUUGUUGCUAAGCAACAUGAAAUUCCCUCCUUUUAUUUUAGUGUUUAAAAAUCAGUUCAAGCACUUUGAGUGAAUCUCACAAAAACAUGCCAGAUCACAUUUUACUCAACAUUUAUAAAUAUAUAUAUAUAUAUAUACACACUAUAUUUAUAUACUAUAUUUAUAUUUAUACUAUUGUUUAUAUACAUACUAUAUUAUUAUAUACUAAAUAUAUUUCACCCAAAAUGUAUAUAUAUAAUGUAUUUUGUGUAAUAAUAGUGUAUAUAUAUAUAUAUAUAUAUAUAUAUACACAUACAUUUUGGGUGAAAUAUAUAUAGUAUAUAAUAAUAUAGUAUGCAUAUAAAUAAUAGUGUAUAUAUAUAUGCAUACUAUAUUAUUAUAUACUAUAUAUAUUUCACCCAAAAUGUAUAUAUAUAUAUAACUGCAUUUAGAUCAAACUAAUUUCAGAAAAUGUUUGUUCUUAAUACAGCCAGUGGCAGGACCCGUCUGGCUGCUGUUGGAUUAUUCAGAAAAUCAGUUAACGUUUAGUGAACAGGACAGUAAAUUUUGUCUUUAAAUUCGUGUUUGUUUUGGUCAGCAUGGACCUGUCAUGCGCUGAUGGACAUCUGACAUUAGUUCAACGAGUACACAAGUGUUCCAGGACAGAGAAACUCCAACCAUUCCUAGAUUGUCCUAAACCAGCUGGCUGGUUAUUUUCAUGCACAAAAAUUCCCUAGAGACCAGUUUUGUUUUGGUUUUACAGUAACGCAUGAUUCAAUUAUUUUUGUUUUUGUUGAAGUACAUUUGGGGUUUCUCAAUGUACUUGUCAAACUGUGAUUUGAUCCUUUUCAGCUGUACGGGGUUGCAGAUUAUGAACUGAGUGCUUGUGCCAUUCUUUUGAGUUUGUAAUCAUUGUUUUGAAGAGUUCACAGAGGAAUAUAUUCCACAACAUUUAGCACUAAUCGCUCAUUUUAACUCUGUGGAUUUGUCUCUUGAUCACACUAGCAGAAUGAAGUUCAUAUAUUCAGCACCAAACACACAACUCUAUAGAUUUCUAUUGUAACUCUUGCCUGGGGCAGAUUAUAGCACAAGUGUUGUGUAUCUCCUGCAAAUAAGCUGAUGAGAGACCUAUAACUUAAUAAAUGUCUGUAAUUUCAAUGAAAUUCACUUUAACUGUAUUUCUAUGUAGCGCAUCUCUCAAAUGGGCUUUUAAUCAAUAAAGUUUAAGGAACUGUUUUACUCA